AUGGCGUCGGGCGACGACGAUCCGUUCUCGGCGGCCUACAACUGGCGCGUGCCCGACGACGACGAUGACGCGGCCGUCGACGCAGCCCUCGUAUGUGACGAGUGCGCCAAGCGCGCCGCGCGGUAUCACUGCGAGGACUGCCACCAAACGCUGUGCUUCAACUGCGCCGAUGCCAUCCACUUGAUCCCAGCCUUGUCGACGCAUGCGAUUCGGCACGUGCGCGUCGGCGAUGUCGGGUACGUCGCGCCGGCCCGCGACGAUUUGCCCAAGAUCGCCCGGCGCGCGCCGCCUCCAGCGAUUGCCAAGCUCGAGCCGCACGGCUUCACGUUUGGCCAGCACGUCGUCUUUCGCGAUCGUGACCUCGGGCACGGCCUCCUCUUUGGGCUCGCGCUCACGCAGACCAGCGACCAGCCGCGCAUGGGUCCUUGCAACGGGCAGUUCGUGCGCGUGCUCUGGCUCCGCGGCGUCGUGCCGCUGCCCAAUAGAAGCUACCUCGCGUCGCUGACGUUCCCGGGCCAGGCGUCCUGGCCGGUGCCGAUGACGGCGCAUGUGAGUCUCUACCACGCGUACCGAAUGGCGGUCCUCGCCGAGAAGACGGCACGGAAGCUGUGGCGCCGGGAAAAGUACGCCGGUCGGCUUCGGCGUCUGCGCGACCAAAAGGCAUUUCCGUCCGACGCGGUGCUCGAUGAGAUCCUCCAGCUUGUCGACGCCGACGCGGGCGGUGUGACGCUGCAGCACAUGGCCCACGACCGGUUCCUCGCCGCGCUCAUGAGCGGUACUUACCUCGACGGGGACGAGACCGAGACCGAGACGGACGCGCCGUACCCGCCGACCACUCGUGCACGCCUCGUGCUCUGCGCGGCGGCCAGCCUCGAGCGCCCCGCCGACGUGGCAAGACGGUACUUGGACAACGUCAUCCGGCACAUGGUGGAUCUCUACGUCGGCUACGCGUGGACGUCGUGGCGCUCGUUUGUCGCCGCCGGCCGGGAGCGAGACCGGCAAGCGCUUCGCAAUGCCACGGCGAUCGUGCUUCAGCGCUGGGUGCGACGGGUCUGGCGGCGCCGCCACGAAGAGCGCCUCAAGCAAUCGCGCUCGAGUGGGCUGAGUGCGCUGGAGGCGCUGCAGCGGUUCCAGAACCGACAGGCGGCGGUCGUCCGGAUGGGCGACAUUUGGGCCAAGACGCAGCGGCGGCUGCGGCGCUACGGCGUCGUCACGUGGAAGCGAAUCAGUGACGAGAUCCAGGCAAGGACUCCGAUGCCGCAAAUCGAGGCAGCGUGGCACCCUGGGCUCGGCAUUCGGCUUGUCAAAUUACCCAAGGCGUAUGCGGCCAUGAAGAGCGACGGGAGCUUGGGUAUCGAAGACAUUGCCAAGUACAAGCAGUUCCGGCUCAACCACGCAGGCCCGACAGCCGUGUCGUUCUGGAUCGUCCGCGACCGCAUUUUGAUUGGCGAGUACCCCCACGGCGUCGCGUUCCCGGACAAGAAGCGCAAGACGACCGAGCGCGCGGCGUCGCGCGAUGACGCGCUUGCGUGCAUUCUCCUCGAGCAGAUUGGCACGUUUGUGAGCUUGAUGGCGUUCGACGAACUUCGGGCAUUCGAAGCGGCGCUGGACCCGCCAGCGACACCAGCGACAACACCCGAUGGGCCCUUUGGCUACGAGACGCAGCUCUUGGAGCGGCACGCCAAGCUCACGGCCGAGCUCGACCGCGCGGUGGCCGCUGCCCAAAAGUACGUGACGAGUGCCGCCAAGAGCGUGCAACAGGUAGCCACCUAUGUAGCCAGAUGUCUAUGCAAUAAGAUUGCUCGGUACUGUGAGCAGGCCGAGAGAGACCCGAGUACGGACGACUUUGUGCGAGAUUUGCUCUUCAAGAAAAAGUCGGCCGCCGACGCCAACUUGAACACGGCGCUGGCCAACAAAGCGCGGCUGCAGCCCAUACGCAUUCUGCGGUGUCCACUGCCGCCGCGCUCGGCAACACCCGAGGCCGACGUGCUUCAUGUCCUUAACCAACUCGAAACGUGUCUUCGAGACGGGGAAAACCUCUACAUUUUUAGCCGCCAAGGACGGGGCCGCGCCGGCAUGGUCGCCGCGCUCCUCCUCGGCCGCCUCUAUGGUCUCUCGGCGCAGCAAGCCCUCGAGCGCACGCAGCGUUGCCACGACGCGCAGAAGGCGGUCGCGGGGCUGGCGUCGACGCGGCUCGUCUCGGCGCCCGAGUCGCUCGACCAAAUCCGGCUCGUGCACCAAGUGCUUGCAUCCACCGCGACCAUCUACGAGCCCGUGGCGACGUAUGAUGGCGACGCGUACCUCGUGCUUCGGCGGCAGCGCCCCGGCCUCGCCAUUCAGUCGUUCGUCGCAGCGCAAGGCUUUAUGGUCGACGAGUUUCCGUCACCGGCGCAGCGUGCGGCCGACCACGCGGCGCUCCAAGCCGCAAAUCGCAUUGCGCUCAAGGAGAAGCGCGCGCUGCAGCUGCGCGUGCGGCGGGCCAUGGAAGGCGUCGAGCGUCAAGCCAUGGGCGUCCAAGAGGACUACAGCCGCCAUGAGCUGCCCAUCUGGAGCGCGCGACUCGAAAUGAAAGCGGAGGAAGCCGACUCGCGCCGCCGGUGGCGCAUCCUACUGCAGCACGCCGAACACGUAGGUAUGCUCGCUGAAGACGUACGCAUCGAGUGGCCCCAAGACCGUCCGCCGCCACCACCCAUUCCGGUCGACCCGAGCACGGACGUGGCGACAUCGCCUCGUCGCAUGUCAUGA